CGGCCGCAGAGGGUGCACAUCAUCCUCACCGCGAUCGCAUUGUUGAACAGCUUCCUUUAUCUGAAAAUUAAUAAAAAAUAAACACACCCCCGCACACUCAGAGCACGGAACCGAUUCACCUCUUCACCAACUUUUCCAGUAAAAUCGCCAGUUUUGGUGACGCUGCAAAAAUGAUAGACGAUAACUGAACUAUCGCCGUCUUCGCGUCCGAAGAUCACCCACCUUCUUGGAAACAUGUGCAUGUGUAUCAGUGUGAUAAACAUGAAGAACUCUCUCUGAAGUGCACCCGAGCUAACAGCUCCAUCUACCGCGCUUAGCACAUCAAUGCUAAACUACAGACUGGUCUCAACACACUUCUUGAAGCAACCGUAAAUCGUUGAGCCCCAAGACUCUCAUAGACUGUCAGUGCCGAAACAAUAUGUGUCGGGAUCGAGACAUGUCGGUGCUCACCAGUGACAUCAUCAAAUAAACCUUCACAGACUGAGCGGGACUCUAUAUUGUCUAUAGUUUAGUGUCAGAUUUCCCGCCAAAACGGCGCGCGUUUCCGCCCCGCCGUUUCGUUUUGUUUCUUUCAAUUUAUUUUAUAUCAAAGGUUAAGCAAUAGCCCGGUGUUUAGUGUUUGGUUGUGGAUAAAGCAAAGGGGUUUUGCUCGCUAGCGGGCCCCAUUAUACUACCCUGGCCAGCCGCAGUCGGGACAACAUUUCCAGGAUCUUAGACUCCAUAGUUGGUGCUGCACGAUACUGCAUUAAUCCUCACGUAAACGGCCCUUUUGGAAAUUGGGGGUUUAGUUUGAAGUCUAAGUUUUAAAUCUGAGGCGACAUGGUACAAUUGGAUAUUGAACAGGGUUACGGGCACGAAAGAGAGUGCCCGAGCGAGCAGCGCGUUGUAAUCGGGUGCCGUGCGCAGUGCUGCGAGCGGGAGGAGCGCGAGAAGGAGACGGAAGAUAUGGCGGCGCCCGAGUGCGAGCGGGAGGCCCGCAAGCGGCGCGAGCGCAGAGAUUCGGGCUGCACGCACGAGCGCAAAGAGCGACGGCCGCAUAGCGAGGAGCGGACGCCACCGCCGCCGCCGCCACCACCUCUACAUGACUGCAACCGUCUUGAGUCAGAGCGACGAGCCGAGCGGCUCUCGCGCGCGCGUCGCCCGCAAUAUGGCGGCAAGCGGCGACGGGCACCCGCACGCAUCCCGAAACAUCCUAAGGAGAACGAAUGCUUCACGACAUCCGAAGAGACUCGGUGCAGCACCCCCACGCCUUUUGACUACGUACAGCUACAGAAAACGCAAACACUAUCCGAUGAGCCAGAAACAUUGGACGCGGGCGCUCUCCAACGCCAGGUGGGCCGCACGGUCAGCGUCGAGGGGCCCGAAGACGGCGAGCUGUCGGUGAGCGCGCGGGCCGCCGCCGCCGAGCGGGCCCGCCGCGACGAGCGGUCCGUGGCCCCCCGGCCCUUCACGCGCCGCGACCAGCCCUGCCCCGAGAAACGGCUGGAGAAGAUCAACAAGAAGAUCUCCGUCCUCAAAAAAAGCAUCUCCAAAUACGAAAGCGAAUACGAAGCGAAGAAUGGCCACGCUUUAACCCCUAGCGACCGCAUAACCGACGUGCAGAUGCUCCGCAUGAACGAAUCCCUUCGUAGGCUGCAGGCAGAGAAGCGCUGCAUCAAAUCAGACCCGGUGGAAUAUGCCCUCAAAGUGCAAGCAGCUAAGCAACAGAAAGAGAGGGACGACAAACUUGACGCAGUGCUGAAAAGCGAUAAGCCUAUGACUGAAGUCGUGAGAGAUAUAGAGGAGUAUGUUUACCAGUGGCUCGAGGGUUGUCGCCAAGCGGGGGGCCGCUCGACGGUCCCCGAGAACACCUGGACCGCCUCCCAGCUGGCGGCAGAGAAGCUAUGCGUGCAGAAGGUCCUGCUUCGUCUGGAAGCGUCCCGGGGCCGGCCACCCGCACAUUCUGCAGACCGUGGGGCCGCGAGGCACCUCUACGAGCGGUACAGAGCUGUGAAGCGAGCCUUAGCCAUCUCCAGGCCUGAUGCGGUGAUCGGUGCCAACGGCGAGCUGGCCACCAUCCACGAGCACGAGCCGAUGCUGUUCAACUCCAGCGUUGACAGCUCCAGCGACUCGCAGGAGAAACCAUCCGAUUCCUCUCAGGACACCAUAGAAACACCGCUGCAGUCGCCGCCGACCCGCGACGGCAUCGGCGAGGAGGUUCCCUCGUCGACGUCAUCAGCCCAGUCCGGCACCACCAGCGAGGAGGCCACGCCGUCCAACGAGGGCCUGCACUGCCUCGGCCUCGAAGACCUGGCCCGCGCCCUCAGCGAAGCCAAGCUGCAGAAAUGCGUACUUCGUCGCAACAUCAAAGAGUACGAGGUGAGUUUUGAACUGCAGAACAGCAGGAAGGUUCAAAGGGAUGAUAAAAAGGGGAAGGAGGAAGAAUAUCUUCGCUAUAAAGCCGUCAAAGCUAGAAUCAAACUGCUGAAUGCUCUCAUCAAUAAACAAAAAGCUUUGGGAUAAGUUACACUAAAUUAAAAUGCAGUAUAACUACUGAUACACUUUCAUUUGAAACCAAGGAGUCUCCGCCUGCUGUAGUAAAUCCACAACCAACUACCUAUAAUAGAACUUUCUACAAACCCGUAAAUGUUAUUGAUAAUUUUACAUUUUAAGGCCAUCUUAAAUCAGAUGAAUAUAAAUGUUGUAGAAUUUCUAACAAUAGAUUUAGUUACCAAUUUGCAAACAGAUAAAAAAUACAUAGAACUUGUAGUUUUAAGGUUCGAAUAUGAUUUAUACGCAAAAUUGUAUAGUGCCAAAUGUUGUUGAUCUAUACAAUAAUGUAUUGUACAAUUUGAGUAGAACUAUACCUUCAAGGCUUAUUGUUCGUACUUUUAUACGAAUAUAAAAAUUACUACAAAAAUUAAAUAACUAAAUAAGUAAGGGGUACAGUAGUGGGUACCAAGAUAUUAAUUUAUAUGUAGAGUUACGGUAAAUACGCAUAAGGCCAAUCAAAAAUUUGAGCAACCUUGCGCUGAAACUAUGUAUGUAUUACUUUCUCUUUAUUUACCAGUGCAUA